AAUAUGCAACAAACCGCCGCCGUCGCCAUGGCAACCCCGCACCGCGCGCUCCCAUUGGCCGCCCGCCCCUCAAGCCCCGCCCCUUUUCUCUCAGCCAAUCAGCGCCGCCGGUUCCUCCCCCGCUCUGCCCCGCGACGCGUCCUGAUUGGCCGCCGGGCUCCGCCAAUCAGCGCGCUCGGCCUUCCCGCCGCGGCUGUGUGGGCGGCCCCCGUGGGGUGGGGGGGGCUCAUGGAAAUUUAUGUAAAUGAGCGGCGAUAGCGCCGCGCUGAAUAUUCAUGAGGCGCUGAGGGAGGCCGCAGACACGCCCGGGUGCCGGUUGGUGUCCUCGGUUCAGGCUGUCAUGGCCUCCACCGCCGGGUUCAUCAUCUCCCGCUCCUGCCGGCGGCACGUCAUCGAUGACCAGCACUGGCUGGCCGCCGCCUACCCGCCCUUCGCGGUGCCGUACUUCGUGUACGACGUGUACGCCAUGUACCUGUGCCACCUGCAGCGCGCCCAGGUGAAGGGGCACGGGCCGGGCACGGGCACGGGGGGCACGGCCGGCGCCGCCGCCGCCUUCCUGCGCCGCGAGCUGCUGCUGGUGCUGCACCACCUGGCCAUGGUGCUGGUCUGCUUCCCCGUGGCCACCCUGUGGCGUCAGGGCAAAGGCGAUUUCUUCCUGGGCUGUCUCCUGAUGGCCGAGCUGAGCACCCCCUUCGUGUGCCUGGGCAAGGUCCUCAUCCUGCUGCGGCGGCAGCACACGGCGCUGCACAAGCUGAACGGGCUGGCGCUGCUGGUGACCUUCCUGGGCUGCCGCGUGCUGCUCUUCCCGUACCUGUACUGGGCCUACGGGCGGCAGCGGGGCCUGGAGCUGCUGCGUGUCCCGGCCGCGCUGCCACCGGCCUACAACGCCGCCGCCGCCGCCAUGGCCGCGCCCCAGAUCUACUGGUUCGGCCUCAUCUGCCGCGGCGCCUGGCGCCUCUUCCGGCCCGCGGGGACACCGCCGCGGCCACCCUGAGGGGACA